UUGCAAAAUAUCAAAAACGGAGCAAAACAGAAUGGAAAUGCAUUGGAAUGUGAUUUGCGAUGGAUGCGAGGCAACCAAAAUGGUGCACCACCGUUACAAGUGCUUGCGGUGCAACGACUACGAUCUGUGCGCCGGAUGCUAUGAGAAUAAGGUGGAAACGGGUACUCAUAGCAGCACUCAUCCGUUCCAGUGCCUGCUGGAUCGUGCUGCACGCGAGCUAUUCUUUGCCGGCGAAGAGAUAACGGAGCUGUUCGCCGACAGCUUCACUUGCCCCUUCUGCGGCAAGAUGGGGCACACCGACCAGGAGCUGGUGGAGCAUGUGCAGACCAAGCAUCGCAAGGACUCCACGUUGGUCAUCUGUCCCCUCUGCGUUGCCGUCUCCCUGGAGCGCAUACCACCUAUCAACAAUCUGGCUUGUCACGUCUCAAUAAAGCAUGCCAGUGGGUUUCAGUAUGCUGCUUCUCCUGACAGCAGCCUCGAGUUGGAUGUGGGCAUUCCAUUGGAUACGGAGUACUUUAGUCCAAGCGAAUACGAUCCGGGUUCAUUGCCAGGAGGAUUAAACUCCCUCAGCGAGGUUAAUUUCGAUCCAUGGCAGCCUCUUCCGAACCUCGCUUCACAACAUCGCCUUGCGCGCCUUGAAGAGGACUCCGCCGAAUCUGAUCUUGACUAAGGAAGUAUCGCUUGCAGCUUUUUUCAGAAUUCAUAUUCAUUCAAUCAUGCAUUCAAUGUUACACACACCCACGCCCCAUUGUUGAAUACUGGGAAACUGGUUUCAAAAAAUAAAAAAAAAUAAA